UCCCAGGCCAGAGGCUCACACACAGCGAAAGAGAUGAGACCCCACGUCCUGCCAGGCGCAGGUUUGGGGCAUCCUCCCUGCUCCCAGCAGCAGCGGGCGCGGGCCCCGAGCGCUCAGCUCCUUGCAGGGCGGAGGGCGGCGCGAGGGAGGGAGAGAGGGAAGGGAAAGGCGAGCGUGAGCUGCCUCGAAUGCUUGGAAUAAUUCCGCUUCCGUUUGGAAAGCCGCAGCCUCAGUCCCGCCGCGCCCGCCGCGUCCGCCCAGCGCCAGCUCCGCGUCCCGACCGGCCCGCGGCUGCCCGCUCUGCCGCCAUGGCCACCUCCCCGCAGAAGUCGCCGUCUGUCCCCAAGUCCCCCACUCCCAAGUCGCCCCCGUCCCGAAAGAAAGAUGACUCCUUCUUGGGGAAACUCGGAGGGACUCUGGCCCGGAGGAAGAAAGCCAAGGAGGUGUCCGAGCUUCAGGAGGAAGGCAUGAACGCCAUCAACCUGCCCCUCAGCCCCAUCCCCUUCGAGCUGGACCCUGAGGACACGAUGCUGGAGGAGAAUGAAGUGCGAACGAUGGUGGAUCCCAACUCACGCAGCGACCCCAAACUUCAGGAACUGAUGAAGGUAUUAAUUGACUGGAUUAACGAUGUUUUGGUUGGAGAAAGAAUCAUUGUGAAAGACCUGGCUGAAGAUUUAUACGAUGGCCAAGUCCUGCAGAAACUUUUUGAGAAACUCGAGAGUGAGAAGCUGAACGUCGCUGAGGUCACCCAGUCAGAGAUCGCCCAGAAGCAAAAGCUGCAGACUGUCCUGGAGAAGAUCAACGAAACCCUGAAACUUCCUCCUCGGAGCAUCAAGUGGAAUGUAGACACCGUCCAUGCCAAGAGCCUGGUAGCCAUCUUGCAUCUGCUAGUUGCUCUGUCCCAGUAUUUCCGGGCACCAAUCCGACUCCCAGACCAUGUUUCCAUCCAAGUGGUUGUGGUCCAGAAACGAGAAGGAAUCCUCCAGUCUCGGCAAAUCCAAGAGGAAAUAACUGGUAACACAGAGGCUCUUUCUGGAAGGCAUGAACGUGAUGCCUUUGACACCUUGUUCGACCACGCACCAGACAAGCUCAACGUGGUGAAAAAGACACUCAUCACUUUCGUGAACAAACACCUGAAUAAACUGAACCUGGAGGUCACAGAACUGGAAACCCAGUUUGCAGAUGGGGUAUACCUGGUGCUGCUCAUGGGGCUCCUGGAGGGCUACUUCGUGCCCCUCCACAGCUUCUUCCUGACCCCAGACAGCUUUGAACAGAAGGUCUUGAAUGUCUCCUUUGCCUUUGAGCUCAUGCAAGACGGAGGAUUGGAAAAGCCAAAACCACGGCCAGAAGACAUCGUCAACUGUGACCUGAAAUCUACCCUGCGAGUGUUGUACAACCUCUUCACCAAGUACCGGAACGUGGAGUGAGGGUCAGACUGGACCAUCCCCGGAAGCGCCUUAUCCUGCUUACUCCUGUCUCCUGCUCUGUGCUCUCCUCCAAGUCCAGCUGCUCUUUUCUCAGAGAUAGUGGGAACUGAGAUCAGGAAGGAAAUGACCUCAGUGGGCUGACCUGACCUCCUAGGCUCUGAGGCUGACCCCACAAUGGCUGUGAAGGUUGUCCCAUCCUGGUACCAGGUCCAGAUUUCCUUCUGUGUAAUCUGGAACCGGCUUAGGCACAAGAGCCCAUCCACCCACCUACCCACCCUCACAAGAUGAAAACAAAGAUAAGAGUUACCAUUUAAUGGGUGUAACCUAUGGGCUGGGCACCAUGCUAAGUGCUCUGACCUACUCCAACUUGUGAAUACUCAUGACUCCCACUGAAAAAGAUGUUAUCAGCCCCUUUUACAGAUAAGGAAACUGAGGCUCAGAGAGGUUACGUGACUUGCUAGAAGCUGCCAUUUGUUUUGCUUCUUUGAAGAACAUAUUCGUUAAUAACUAGCCCAUUAUGUUACAUUCUCUGUACAUUCUGUACUUGCGUUUGCAUGUCUGUAUAUGCAUGCAUGUGCACCUGCGCCCUCCAAGAAGAUAGGACCCCUGAUCUCAGCACCAGGCAGGCUAGGUCAGGACUCAGUGGUUCACACUGAAAUUGGCAAAUCGAAUUUAGCCCAAUUAAUAGUGUGUGUGUGGCAGGAGCUGUAUCCCUCAACUCCUUUGUACAGAUGAAAAUUACUCUUAAUUCCUUCAGAUUUGUAAUAACCCCUUAUUCUAGUUUCAGGGUGACAUUUGGAAAGGAUUCUGUUUGAAAUUAAUGGAGUGGCACAUUUUGCAGCCUUUUUGCCUGAUUGCAUGUAAUGGAAGUGCCCUAUAUUUUCCUACAAAAUAAGUCCUUGAUUCAUUAUCGUUAGGCAAAUGUACAAUAUACCCAGGCACCGCAGAGAGCUGGGCACAGGCCCAUGCGAGCAGGGCUUGGGAAGCAGGGCUCUUCAACAGGGACUCUUGAGCUUUAAAGAAAGGAACUCCUUUUUGCCCUCUAAUUGAUCAUUUAGACCAUUUCUGGCGAAGUCUGCCCACAUGCAAUUACUGGCUAAUUCAGGCAAGCAAAAAUGCAAGUUAUUUAGACCCAAUCUGAGUAGGUUUCCUUGCGUGGGUUACCCGCAGGCUUGUGGUUACAUGGAUCCCCUCUACAUGAACCCAAGUUUGGAAUACAGGGCUCAAGUUGUCUCAGCCUGAAGGGCCUGGGAUAGGAAAGGGGCUGAAGGGGGGUGACUAGGAGGACAAGAAUCGUGGGGCAAAUACUUGCACACUUAGCAUACAGGGGGACAUCCUCAGACCGAGGGAUGUGGCUUGUGGUAUUUAACAUUUGUACUCUAAGUUGACCAAAGCCUUGGGAUAGGUAAUAACUUGUACUGAUAUAUCUUCAUUAUAGAAUUUUCUGAAGUAUGCUAGGUGGACACCAGCCUGUAUCCCCACCUCUGGAUGUCUGUGCCUACUUUAGUACUACUUGAGGCCCAGUCGCACAAAGCCCCUCUCUGAUUUGAGGAAUUGAUCGUGAUCUCUAUCUACACCACCCAGAGGGAGGCCUUCCGUCGUGUCCAAACAUUCCUUCCUGCUUUUCAUCAAUUCUUACUCUAUAGUCUCGCAGUCACUCAAAACCCAUAUAAUUUCAAUAUACUACUUAUUUCUGGAGAGAUUUCAUUCUAAGAAGUAUUAUUCAGCAUUUAAGAUGCAAAGAAAAUGUACUCUCUUGUGUCAAUCUGUGUAAAAGAAUACAAUCUUUUUUUACAUAAUUAGUGAAAUAAUUCAUUUGUCAUUAAGAAACACUAAAUACAGUACUAUCUCUGUUUGCUCUUUUUUAAAUUCCUGAUAGCAAUUCAGCAUAAAUAAUUACUUUGUCUCCUUGAGCAAUACUAAAGCAGAUGAAAUAAGAGAAAUGAACUCAUUUAAAUGUGCUUUGCUAUAUGAA